AUGAUGGAUGAUGAUGAUGACAGGAAAAGAUAUGAGGAUGAGGAAGACUACCACUCCAUCUACAUUGGUGUGCCAGCACCGAGGAGCUACAGAAGGAAAAGGCGCCGAAGAAGGUCCUUGUCAAGCCGGGAUCGAAGCAGUGAAAACGAGAAGCAUUAUGGAAAAGAUGACCAUUCUGAAACAGACGAGGGUGGAAGGCUCAGCUACGAUAAUGAGAAUUAUAACAUCAGCAGAACUGUGUCUCCGGCUGCCGAACGGCUGAGGUACAUUCUGGGAGAUGAUGAUGAAACUCCAAAUCCCACCUUGUUCACAGAGAUGGACACACUGCAGCAUGAUGGUGAUGAGUUGGAAUGGAAGGAAACAUCAAGGUGGCUAAAGUUUGAGGAGAAAGUUGAAGAAGGAGGAGAAAGAUGGAGUAAGCCACAUGUGUCAACAUUGUCCCUUCACAGCCUAUUCGAGCUACGUACAUGUCUUCAGACUGGAACUGUGCUACUUGACUUAGAUGGUUAUUCCCUCCCACAGAUUGUAGAUGACAUCAUCGAAAAGCAAGUGGAAGAUGGAAUACUCAAGCCUGAACUCCGAGAGAAAAUUAGCUUUGUCCUAUUGAGAAAACACAGGCACCAAACCAAGAAACCCAUGCACAGGUCUUUGGCGGACAUUGGAAAGACUGUCUCCUCUAAUACUAAUCGAAUUCCUGCCCCAAGUGUUCCUGCUGGUGCUCAUCUUCAUCGAUCCACAGAAGAUCUAAGAACAAGACAAAAUUCCAACUAUGGAAGAUUGCGCCAUGCACAAAGCAGGAGUAUGAACGACAUCACAGACACUCCAAGCACAGACCAGCUGAGAAACAAGUUUAUAAAGAAGAUUCCCCGGGACGCCGAGGCCUCCAAUGUUUUGGUGGGAGAAGUGGAUUUCUUAGACAAACCGUUUGUGGCUUUUGUACGGCUAGUCCAGGCAAUAAUGCUUGGUGGUGUCACAGAGGUUCCUGUACCCACAAGGUUUAUGUUUAUUUUACUGGGUCCGAUGGGGAAAGCCAAAUCAUACAUUGAAAUUGGCAGAGCAAUUGCAACCCUAAUGGUGGAUGAUCUUUUCAGCGAUGUUGCAUACAAAGCUAGAGAUCGGGAGGACCUGAUAGCAGGGAUCGAUGAAUUCUUAGAUGAAGUCAUUGUGCUUCCACCCGGAGAGUGGGAUCCAACCAUCAGAAUAGAACCACCAAAGAAGAUCCCAUCGGCUGAUCAGAGGAAAUCAGUCUUCUCUGUGAAUGAAGCUGGACAAAUGAAUGGGUCAGCAGGAGGAGUUGGUGGUGGCAGUGGAGGAGGACCAAGUGAAGAUGAUGAGAUGCCAAGUGCCCAUGAGAUUGGAGAAGAGCUUUCAUGGACAGGCAGGUUCUGUGGAGGUCUUUAUCUGGACAUUAAGAGGAAGCUGCCGUGGUUCCUCAGUGACUUCUACGAUGGCUUUCACAUCCAAUCAAUUUCCACCAUUCUUUUCAUCUACCUCGGCUGCAUAACCAACGCCAUAACAUUUGGAGGGCUGUUAGGGGAUGCCACAGACAACUAUCAGGGAGUGAUGGAGAGUUUCCUUGGUACAGCAAUGUCAGGCUCCGUGUUCUGUCUGUUUGCUGGACAGCCUCUUAUCAUCCUGAGCAGCACCGGUCCUAUUCUCAUCUUUGAAAAGCUCCUGUUCGAUUUCAGCAAGAGCAAUGAUAUAGACUAUAUGGAAUUCCGCCUGUGGAUCGGUCUCCAUUCAGCCCUGCAGUGCCUUAUUCUGGUGGCCACAGACGCCAGCUUCAUUAUUAAGUACAUCACACGUUUCACCGAGGAGGGAUUCUCUACGCUCAUCAGCUUCAUUUUCAUUUAUGACGCCAUUAAGAAGAUGAUUGGGGCUUUCAAGUAUUAUCCCAUCAAUUCCGACUUCAAGCCCGACUACGUCACUACUUACCGAUGUGAAUGUGUGGCGCCAGACCCAGUGAACACAACUUUUUUCAAUGCUUCAGCUAUGUUUGCACCAAACAACACUAACACAACUUUGUACAAUGUCAUGAAUAAUACAGCCUUGGACUGGAGCCAGCUGAGUAUGAAGGAAUGUCUAAAAUAUGGCGGCAGCCUACUGGGAAAUUCAUGUAAUUACGUUCCAGAUCUGGCGCUUAUGUCCUUCAUCCUGUUCUUUGGAACAUACUCCAUGACAGUAACACUAAAGAAGUUCAAGUUCAGCCGAUACUUUCCUACCAAGCUGCGCACCCUGGUGGCUGAUUUUUCCAUCGUCUUCACCAUCCUCUUCUUCUGUGGUGUGGAUGCAUAUUUUGAACUGGAGACCCCAAAAUUGCAUGUUCCUAGUAAAAUUAAGCCUACACGUCCAGACCGAGGUUGGUUUGUUUUCCCAUUUGGUAAGAACCCUUGGUGGGUGUAUGUAGCUAGUGCAUUACCGGCUCUGCUGGUGACCAUUCUAAUCUUCAUGGAUGAACAGAUCACUGCAGUCAUAGUCAACAGAAAGGAGAACAAGCUUAAGAAAACCUGUGGGUAUCACCUUGAUCUCUUCUGGGUAGGCAUUCUGAUGGCUGUUUGCUCCUUUAUGGGUCUACCAUGGUAUGUGGCAGCAACUGUCAUCUCCAUCGCUCAUAUUGACAGCUUGAAAAUGGAGACAGAGACCAGCGCACCUGGAGAACAGCCUCAAUUUCUAGGAGUGAGGGAACAAAGAAUGACAGGGAUUAUAGUGUUUGUCCUUACUGGAAUCUCAGUGUUCAUGGCUCCUAUACUAAAGUAUAUUCCAAUGCCUGUUUUGUAUGGCAUUUUUCUGUAUAUGGGCGUUGCAUCACUCAAUGGAAUUCAGUUCUGGGAUCGCUGUAAGCUUUUCCUGAUGCCAGCAAAGCACCAGCCUGACUAUGCAUUUCUCCGACAUGUCCCUCUGCGUCGGGUCCAUUUGUUCACCGUUGUUCAAAUUGUCUGCCUGGCAGUGCUAUGGAUACUCAAGUCUACUGUUGCCGCCAUUAUUUUCCCUGUCAUGAUCCUUGGCUUAAUGAUGGUGAGGAAAAUGCUGGAUUGGGUGUUUAGUCAGCAUGACCUUGCCUGGUUGGAUGACAUCCUACCAGAAAAAGAAAAAAAGAAGGAAGAAGAUAAGAAUAAGAAAAAAAAAGGCAAAGAAGAGGUUGAUAGCGAUGAGGAUCAAGCUGGCAACCCUGGAGCUGUGCAUUCAGAUUCUUCGGCCAAUGGAUCAGAUAUGGACCGCAGCAUUACUCUGCAUUUGAAGAUCUCUUGUCCCUCCUCUCCUGCUAUAAGCCACCCCAGAAAUGCACUCAAUGCCGUCCCACAAGUGAAGGUUGAGAUGGAUUCUGACUAUGAUGACUCUGACAUAGACAAGAACCCCAGGGACCGGGGUAGUGAGACUACUUUAUAGCACUGACUUUACCAAUAACACAGUCAGACCUGACUGGCAAGAUGGUCUACUGUAAUCUGGAGCUGG